GAACCCGAAGUAAAUUGGUUUUGAAAAUAAUUAUUUACAAACUGAGGUCGACGUCUUUGGUCCGUUUGGGGUACACACGAGGCUACUUGCUACGAUACGGUCGCAGUGAGAAUUGGGAACGCCCGGGCGCUCUUUCUACAACAGAGUUGCUGGAGGUGGGGAUCGGAUCACUGAUCAACUGUAUGCCAGCCCUAACACUCCUCAGCUGCAGCCGUAUGCCGUGAGCAGGUGACGCCCGGGUGAGCGCCUGAUCGGCGUGCGGCGGGUACGUGUGAGCACGUGAAACUGACACCGUGCCAUGUAGGGCAUGUCGCGGAACUGGUGUUCGCUGGUUGUGGCCGUAGCAUCUCUCGCGUUUCUGCUAUUGCAUCCAUGGAUAGCGAGAAGCCCUGCGCCGCCUGUUGCAAAGCAGCGGGUACUGUUCGUAACGUUGGAGUAUGCAGACCCGAUUUUCAGCGGCAAUGGAGUGUUGUCCAGGACGAUGGUCAAUGCGUUGCUUGCGCUAGACUACGAGGUACUGGUUGUUUGCGCUGUACCAAGUACAUCCGCUUCAGACUUAUUAUCCUCAUCAUCAUCAGCAGAACAUGCCCUACAACGUUUCAAUGUCUCCAGUGGCACCAGCCACAACUUGCUCAGUGUUGCGGUUCCCGUCAGCAAGUGGCUGCGUCUUGACCGUCACUCUGCCUGGCAGGAGUUUGCCAUGGGCAUGGCCUCACUGCACAGUCAGGUGGAGGCGUUUGGUGUGGACAUUGUGAUGGCUGUUGACUGGUCUGGUUGGCAUGCUUUGGAGCGACUAAACGAUUUGUGGAGAAGCAAGCCAGCGUAUUUCCUGAACUUUCGAGUGUUUUCACGGAGCACAGAGCUGCUGCAGUCCGAUGGCGAUCGUCGAUUCUACGCGGAUCAUGAGUGUUGUGCCUUGGCGAACAGCACCUCCACCGUUGCCCUGUCCUGCUACGAUGCUUGCCGCCUGCACACCCUAUGCCAGUCGUGCCCGGGCGGAAGCCCCGGUGCUGGCGUGGCCGCUGGUUUAGACCCGACAAGGGUGACCGUUGGCGAGCUAUCCGCCGAGUCUCUUGACGGCUGCAUGCGCCACUGUACCAGGACGGCGCGGCAGGCGGACGUGACGGCCGUCGGUCCGUCCGUGCUGAGGCCGCCCGUGCGCAGCGACGUGCUGAGCGUGGGACGCACGCACCGGCGUAGGACUCUGGCCGCGCUGGACAAUGCCGGCACCGCGUGGUCACGCCAGCGACGCUUUGUCACGUGCUGCGUCCGACAGUCCCCAGAGAAAAAUGCCAUGUUGUUUGCUGACUUAGCGGUGGAGAUGGCAGCAUUUCUCCGCAAUAGAAGCAUCUCCUUACGACUCUGUGGGGCUGUAGCCGAUCAAUCCUAUGCAUCCUUGGUAAAAUCCAGGAUAGCUGAGGCAGGAGUACAGGUCGAAUACUGGGGACGGUUUAGCUCAACUGACAAGCUGAUGGAGGCGUUUCAGACAAGCUUGCUGAACAUUCACCCGUCACUUCAUGAUGCAUUCGGUAUGACUGUUGUUGAAGCAGCUGCUGUUGCCACACCCAGCUUAAUCCAUGAUGAUAUUGCUGUUGGUGUCAGCGAGGUCUUCUCCCAUGGUGAGGUGUUCCGAGUCAACCUCUCAGCGCCAAUCAAACAGGUGGAGGCGUUUGGUGUGGACAUUGUGAUGGCUGUUGACUGGUCUGGUUGGCAUGCUUUGGAGCGACUAAAAGAUUUGUGGAGAAGCAAGCCAGCGUAUUUCCUGAACUUUCGAGUGUUUUCGCGAAGCACAGAGCUGCUGCAGUCCGAUGGCGAUCGUCGAUUCUACGCGGAUCAUGAGUGCUGCGCCUUGGCGAACAGCACCUCAACCAUUGCCCUGUCCUGCUACGAUGCUUGCCGCCUGCACGCCCUAUGCCAGUCGUGCCCGGGUGGAAACCCCGGUGCUGGCGUGGCCGCUGGUUUAGACCCGUCCAGGGUGACCGUUGUCGAGCUAUCCGCUGAGUUUCCUGACGGCUGCAUGCGCCACUGUGCCAGGGCGGCACGGCAGGCGGACAUGACGUUCGUCGCUCCGUCCGUGCUGAGGCCGCCCGUACGCAGCGACGUGCUGCGCGUGGGACGCACGCACCGGCGUAGGACUCUAGGUGCGCUGGACAAUGCCGGCACCGCGUGGUCACGCCAGCGACGCUUUGUCACGUGCUGCGUCCGACAGUCCCCAGAGAAAAAUGCCAUGUUGUUUGCUGACUUAGCGGUGGAGAUGGCAGCAUUUCUCCGCAAUAGAAGCAUCUCCUUACGACUCUGUGGGGCUGUAGCCGAUCAAUCCUACGCAUCCUUGGUAAAAUCCAGGAUAGCUGAGGCAGGAGUACAGGUCGAAUACUGGGGACGGUUUAGCUCAACUAACAAGCUGAUGGAGGCGUUUCAGACAAGCUUGCUGAACAUUCACCCGUCACUUCAUGAUGCAUUCGGUAUGACUGUUGUUGAAGCAGCGGCUGUUGCCACAAUCAGCUUAAUCCAUGAUGAUAUUGGUACGUACUAGGCAGACUUCACUCGAAUGCUAGUACAGUACUCUGUUCUCGUGUUAUCCUAGAGCGUGUUGUGUGUUCGUCUCUGCAUGCAUGCGUGUGCAUGUCGCUAUGAACAUGUAUUGUUUAAUUUGUGUGCAUGUACAGUGCUGGAAACUGAAAUCCGACCCCCCGAGCGGUGGGUUCACAUUCUAGCGGUCUCUGUUUCGUAGUUUUACCAUCCCGUGUUGGGUCUUUGCGAUAUGAGCGCACCGCUCAGGGGGCUCAGGGUGUCUGAUUUCAGUAGUCAGCACUGUAUGUGUGCAUAUGUGUGUUCUUUGCAUUUGGAACUUGAUCCGGCUGU